AUGGCAACAAAACCCCCCGAGGUCAGUGCUGCAGACAAACAGUGGCUCACUUUCCGACAAAAGCACGAAGCUGAACUUAAGGGCUUCCAACGGUACGCGACGGAGUCUUUUGCCAAAUUUCAAGACAACGUCAACAAGGAGCGAGCAAUCAUUCUCGCAAAACACCAGAAAGAAGAGGAAGAGUUCUGGAGCAAGGCCAAGGCGGCAGCAAGCAGGGAGAAGAAAAAGGUUGGUAACACGGCUGUCGGGUCUAAGACGGGUGUCCAGGGUCAGGCAAAUCGUCCUUCAUCUGCUGCACCACCGAGAGCUGCUCCCACCACCAAGAACACGCCGGCGCCGAGGCCCAAAGCAACAUCUAUAUCCAAGCCAGCGAGCAACACAGCCACACCGGUAGCAGGACUCAGGAAUAAGAAGGCCGCUGUUACUAUCAUUGAUCUUUGUUCCGACGAGGAUGACGAUGAACCAGUGUUACUCAAGGAGAAACCUGCUUUACAGAUAGUCGGGCAAGGGCCUAUCGCGAAAGGCCCUCCCGGCUUGUCUGGCAAGAUUGGAUAUGCGAUACUCGUCAAGAAACAGCACUCAAGCUUGGAGGUAGACCAUUACCGGCUUCCUCUCCGUGGGCUACCCCCACAAUCUCUGCUUCACAAGGCCUACAGUCGACGAGCGGUUUCGCUUCUUCGAGGCUCUAUCAAGACCACCGGCCAGACAAGUUUCAACCGCGACAAAGUGUGGGUCACCAAGUAG